AUGCUGCGCUGCUGCUUCGGCGCGUCGCCAACAAAAGCAGAUCGUACUGCCUCAGGGAACUGCAAUCUUUCUGCUGCUGCCGGUGGUGCUAUCCUAAUCGACGCCGAGGAUUGGUCAUACUCAUACACGCUCAACAUAGCCGGAUACUCAAGAACCAAGGAGCUGCUCGAGACCGGCAAGUGCGCAAGAUCUACGCCUUUCAUUGUUGGAGGCCAUGUUUGGGCCGUGCGUUAUUACCCAAACGGUUACAAGGAUGCUGCUGAUUUCGCGUCUAUUUUCCUAGUUCUUGUUGAUUCUACGGGUGCCAAGGAUGUGAAGGCGAAAUGCACCUUCAGUGUGCUCGACAAGGCCGGGGUGCCAGUGCCUUCUUUCACCCGUACCUACACCUCCGCAUGUACCUUCACAGGAAAAGGUUCCAGCUGGGGCUACCCCGAAUUUAUCAACAAGGCUGAUUUCGAGGGAUCGCCGCAUCUCAUAGACGAUUGUUUCACCAUCAGAUGCGAUGUCACCGUCUUGAAAGAGAUCCGUACCGAGGAAAUUACAAAGUGUAGUAAACAGUUUGUCGUGGUUCCUCGGAGCAACCUGUGCCAGCAACUCGCCGGCCUCCUAAACAGCAUGGAUGGUGCAGACGUCACCUUCCACGUUGGCGAGGAGAAGUUUUUAGCCCAUAGGUCCGUGCUCGCUGCUCGGUCCUCCGUCUUCAAGGCGGAGCUCUUGGGCUCCAUGAUGGAGAAUGCCGGCGAUCCGGUUGAGAUCAAGGAUAUGGAGAGCGACGUGUUCAAAUCAUUGCUGCAUUUCAUAUACACGGACGACUCACCGUCUGAGAUGGCAUGUGAAGACGCGGUGAUGGCUGGCCAUUUACUCGUCGCGGCUGACAGGUAUGAUGUCGAGAGGCUGAAACUGAUAUGCGAGGAGAAGUUGUGCAAACACAUUGACUCCAACACCGUGGCGACUAGCUUAGCUUUAGCUGAACAACAUAGUUGCCCUGGACUAAAGGAAGCUUGCUUUGAGUUCCUUGCCUCUCCUUCCAAUUUUGAGGCUAUGGUGGCAAGUGAUGGUUAUGAGCAUCUCAAGAGCAGUUGCCCGUCCAUUCUCAAGGAGUUGAUUGCUAGAUUCUUGCCCGCUGAGCUAAAAGCGGCAAAGGACAUCAUCGUGAAAUUCUAA